UUUUUCCUGACUUUGGGGGGUCCGAACUUCAUCUCUCCUCCAAACAAUAUUACCUUUCAAUAGUCAGUUCUCACAUGCUUUAUCAGACCCAUCACCAUUUCUCUUUCUCUCAAUUAUUUCUUCGUACUUAUUUAGUUUUCCCUUCAUUGUCUUCUCCUCAGGCAUAUUAUACUUUCCCCAAACUAGUUCUCCUAGAAGUUAAAGGAGACUAAGCAAAGGGGAGGGAGAAGAAGAGGAAUCGGAUUCAGUUUUUCCAGAGUCUUUUACUUAGUUUUCUCUAAGCUCUCCCUUGUUCAUGGACAACAAGUGUCAGUUUAGUAGUUCAUUUGUCGCAAACCCAUCACAGGACUGGUUCCAUUUUUCACAUAAAAAGAAAAAAACAUGGAAGUUUUUCGUUUACAUUUUGUUGUUUGUUUUUACCUUUCAACUUGUUUCAGGCCACCAGUGGGAUGGCGUGAUGGUCACCCAAGCAGACUAUCAAGCACUUCGGGCCUUCAAACGUGAGCUAAUCGAUUUCAAAGGCGUGAUGCGCAGCUGGAAUGACAGUGGCUAUGGAGCUUGCUCUGGUCGGUGGGUAGGAAUCAAAUGCGUCAAUGGACAGGUCAUCGCCAUCCAGCUUCCUUGGAAGGGUUUGGGUGGCCGAAUCUCCGAGAAUAUCGGCCAGCUUCAAGCCCUUCGAAAGCUUAGCCUCCACGACAAUGUUCUUGCAGGCGCCGUCCCUUCCUCCCUCGGUUUCCUUCCCAAUCUCAGAGGGGUUUACCUCUUCAACAACCGGCUUUCUGGUUCUAUUCCUCCUUCAAUUGGUAACUGUCCUCUUCUCCAGACUCUUGAUUUAAGCAACAAUUCUCUCACUGGGGCAAUCCCUGCUAGUGUUGCAAACUCAACCAGACUAUUCAGACUCAAUGUUAGCUUCAAUUCAUUGACGGGUUCAAUCCCAACUAGUCUCACUCAGUCCCCUUCUCUGACCAUCCUUGCUCUCCAGCAUAACAACAUCUCUGGUUCUAUUCCAAACACCUGGGGUGCAAAAGGAAACAAUACUUAUCAUCUCCAGCUCUUGACUCUUGGUCAUAAUCUUAUUUCUGGAACUAUUCCAGUUGCUCUGAGCAAGAUGGGUUGGCUUGGAGAGAUUUCUCUUAGCCAUAACCAGCUUGCCGGGACCAUACCCAGUGAACUUGGGAGCCUCAAAAGGCUGCAACGGCUAGAUUUAUCAUACAAUGCUAUCAAUGGAAGUUUUCCUGCUAGCUUUUCCAACCUCAACUCCCUUGUUUCACUGAAUCUAGAGAGCAACCACCUUGAAAACCAGAUCCCAGAAACAGUGGACAGGUUACAAAACCUUUCCGUACUCAAUCUAAAGAAUAAUCAAUUCAGAGGCCAAAUCCCAGCGACGAUCGGGAAUAUCUCAGGCAUUAACCAAAUUGAUUUGUCUGGGAACAAUUUCACCGGAGAAAUUCCGGCUUCGCUUGCCAUCCUAGCAAACCUCAGUUCUUUCAACGUUUCUUACAACAAUCUGUCUGGUCCCGUCCCAUCUCUCCUUUCCAAAAAGUUCAAUUCCAGCUCUUUCGUAGGGAAUCUUCAACUAUGUGGGUAUAGCUCUUCAACCCCAUGUCCUUCCCCUUCCCCUUCCCCGCCACCUCAUAACCUUCCAGCUCCAUCACAAGAGGCUUCGAAGCAGCAUCGCCACAAACUAAGCACCAAGGACAUAAUCCUCAUAGCAGCUGGCGCCCUCCUAGCAGCUCUACUUCUACUGUGCUGCAUUUUGCUCUGCUUUUUGUUCAGGAAAAGAGCUGCUUCAAAAGGAAAGAAUGGUAAAGCUGCCAAGCAGGCUGCAACAGGCAGUUCAGAGAAGGAACUCGCGGCAGUUGAAUCGGGAGGUGAAACAGGUGGUAAAUUAGUUCACUUUGAUGGGCCUUUUGUCUUUGCAGCUGAUGAUCUGUUGUGUGCAACUGCUGAAAUAAUGGGGAAGAGCGCAUAUGGGACUGCAUACAAAGCUACAUUAGAGGAUGGUAAUGAAGUUGCUGUGAAGAGGUUGAGGGAAAAAAGUACAAAGGGUCAUAAGGAGUUCGAAUCUGAGGUUGCUGCCCUCGGCAAAAUUCGUCACCCCAACCUUACAGCCCUUAGAGCCUAUUACUUGGGGCCUAAAGGAGAGAAGCUUCUUGUCUUUGAUUUCAUGCCUAAGGGGAGUCUUGCAUCUUUCCUUCAUGCUCGCGGGCCGGAAACCGUCAUCGAUUGGCCGACAAGGAUGAAUAUAGCCAAGGGCAUUGCUCGUGGUUUAUGCCACCUGCAUAGUUUAGAGGAUAUGGUACAUGGGAAUCUCACAUCGAGCAACAUACUACUUGACGAGCAGACAAAUGCCCACAUUGCAGACUUUGGCCUCUCGCGCCUCAUGACGGCUGCUGCCAACACCAAUGUGAUUGCCACUGCAGGAUCACUUGGUUAUAAUGCACCAGAGCUCUCAAAGGUCAAGAAGGCGAACACCAAGACAGAUGUAUACAGUCUUGGGGUGAUCCUAUUGGAGCUCUUGACCGGAAAAUCACCUGGCGAAGGGGUGAAUGGGUUGGAUCUGCCACAGUGGGUGGCAUCAAUCGUAAAGGAGGAGUGGACAAACGAAGUUUUUGAUUUGGAGCUCAUGAGGGAUGCACCUUCCAUAAGCGAUGAGUUGCUAAACACAUUGAAAUUAGCUCUGCAUUGCGUUGACCCCUCACCAGCAGCACGGCCAGAAGUUCAGCAAGUUCUUCAGCAGCUGGAGGAGAUUAAACCAGAGCUACCAGCAAGUUCAGUUGACAAUGGAGGCGAUGAUGGAGCAGCCACAGGGGCAUCAACAAGUGAAUAAAUGGUUUAAUUAUUUAGUUUCUAUGAUUAAUUUGCAUUGUUUAUAGGAGAUGAGAGAGAUAGUUAUUGCUCAAAUUCUUUAAUUCUUAUUGUACGUAUAUACAAAGCUCAUGUGGGUUUAUUAGAAUAAGAGUUAAUGAUGUAUUCUUUC